AUGCAGAAUACUGAACAUCAUUGCUAUGCUGAGAAUGAUAAUGAAACGCUCAAAGAUACUGAGAAAUUGAUAGAUGACCACAGUGACCUGGGUGAAAAAAUGUUGAAUCUCUUCAACAAUAGAGAGCUUAGUGAUGUGGUACUGCAAGUUGGAGAGUUUAAGUUUCCAGCUCACCGCAUGAUUCUCGUCAAUAGUAGUGAAUACUUCGAACGAAUGUUUACCCAGAAUUGGAAAGAAAAAGACCAAAAGGUUGUAACUCUAGAGGUAGUAGAAGAAUGCCAUGAGUUAUUUGAAGGAUUUCUAAAGUAUAUCUACACUAACCAGUUGAAGAUUUCAGUGUAUACUGUCCUUCAUUAUUAUAUAUUAGCAGACAAGUACAUGGUAACACCGCUGAAAAAUUCUUGCCUAGAGUUCAUGAUUGAUAAUUUUAAUGUGAAUCCUGAUAUCAAACGUGUUAUGGCAUGGAUGAAGUGUGCUGACAGGCCUGGAGACUUGGAAUCCAAACUGAAAGAAAAACUGAUACAAUUUAUUGCAUUAAACUUGAUAAUGUUUGAAGCUAAUCAUGAGUUUUAUAGGUUUGAUAUCACAUUUCUGAAAGAGCUCCUUAAACGAGAUGACUUGACAGUUCCUGAUGAGUUCACUCUUCACCAUUGGGUGAUCCAAUGGUUGAAAUUAACGAAGUCAAAUAAACGCUCUCCAGUCAAGAUUCUCUGUGAGUUAUUGCCACUAAUUCGUUUUAAAACAAUGCCUUUGGAACAUUUGGAUGAGCUCCUCAACGAUGAUUUUGUGAAAGAGCAUUCUGAUCACUAUGUUCUUGAAUAUAUUGUGCCAGCUUUUCGUUACCAUGCAAAAAGUGCACUACCUAGUUCAAGCAAGGAACACAUCUCUGAAGCCCUUCGCUGCUAUGUGUAUGGAAGUAGCCGAAGUUCAUCAAAAACUAAGACCAAACAGCGAUUCUGUCUCCCAUUUGCAAGAAAGAACUUUCAAUCGAAUCCAACACAUGCAGUCCACCCAAUUUCGGUAAAAAGUAUGCCCUUGUCAGCAACGUCGUCAAAUGCUGACUUAGGUGACAAGACCUAA